ACUUCUUGAAACAAAUUGCAAAACUCCCAAAUGAUGGAAAGGCAAGAAAAUCUCUCUCCAAUGAGAAAAUAAGAACUGAAUAAAAUCACAAAUCAAAUGCAGAAGUGAAAUUGUGAGUGUUUGUGUGAGGGUUGGAUGCGGACGUCAGUAGUUGGGGCACAGUAUAAGAGCGGGCGGAACAGGGACAGAUGGUAAGUGCAGCCUGUACAAUCAAGCAGCUCAGGGACGGGUCUCAGACUGGCGGCCCCUUUUGUCACCUCCUCACAACAUGGGUGCUAUCCGCUUCUUCAUCAUCGCCCUCCUCUUCCCUGCCUCCUCUCUGCAGAACCAAAUCUCUCAACAUCCAAAUAAUGUCACUGAGUACGAGGGAAAUUCACUCACCAUACAGUGCUCAGUGGAUAAGGAGACAGACAUCAGAGAGCUGUCCUUAACCGUACGUGUAAAUGAGUGGGAAGUGAUGUCUGUGAUGGUACACAAGAGCAUAAGUAAUAUAAAUGAAGUGAUAUUUUCUGGAAAAAUUCGUAAUUUCUCCAUAACAGCAAAUGGUUAUACCUGGAAUAUAUUAGAAUCAGCUUACUGCCGUUAUGAAACUUGCCAAGGGGAAUUAAGCAGGAAUUAUGAAAGGACAACUGAAGUAGGUACAAUCUUCUGCAUGGCAAAACACAAAAACUUCAACAAAACGGUCAUCUGCAAAGACAACCAACCAAUCAUAUCACUGACAGUAAACAGCAGUUAUACAGAUCGCCUUAGAUUUUCUGGGACAAUACAGAAUUUCAGCAUGACCCUAGAGAACCUUAACAUAAAUGAUAGAAAUGGAUAUUACUGUGGAGGCACAAUGGAGGAGUCCAGAAUCGAUCUUAAGAAAGGGCAGACUGUCCUCAAUGUUGUCAGCCAGCGUGAUAAUUCCCACACUGUAACAGUGACAUGGCUUCUUAUUCUUUCGUCCCUGCUACUGAUUUGGUGGUGCUGACGAGCCAAUCCUGUACCCCGGAAUGCAAAGACCCACCUUCCCCCCCUGCAAUUGCAAUUAAUGCACCAAAUUAACAUUAAAUAAACAGAAUUAAUCACAGAACUGAUGCAGUGAGUAUUAAAGGACAACAUAACCCCCCCCAGGUACACGAAUAGUUAAUCUUGGGGUUGUUAUGGCCCCCUACCCAAUCCCCCACUCACUGACAGGUACGAGUUAGGGAGCAGACGUGGGCGCUGCUGUAUAACAGGCGGAGAGGCCAGGCCUGUGCCCGCUGAUACUGUAAUCUGCAUAUGGGGGUGUAAGGGUUAAUCUCCCCUAUCAGGGGGCAGUUUUUUUAUUUAGUUCUGGUGCUGCCCAAGGGACCGGACCUCAACCUGCCCCCUUCCCUCAUGAAACAGCCAAUGCAUUAACUACUGAAGUUCUGCAGAAAAGCUUUGCCAUACCUGAGUAACAAGCCCUAGAAUCUCCCUCCGUUUGUUUAAGUUUGCAGCGGCCAUUUUAGCUUGGUCUCAGUAGUGUCUAUAGCUCAGCUCACACGUUCUGAUGGGAGGGGGAGCAGGAGAGGUGAGAGAACUGCGCAGACUCCUGCCCCGGGAAUAAAGGAUGUUUCUGAGAGAAGGAAUUUGACACAGAAGAACAUGUUUACAAAAAAGGAGACAAGAAAUCCUGUGUUUCUUUUGAUAGAGGAGCGUUUUUUGUGAGUGCUUAUGGCUGUCUUUACAUAGAGCUUACUGAGGUUUUACCGUUCUGUCUCCAUAAGUUUUAGUAUGUUAUAGAAUGGCUGCAACUUUUCAGUUGGUCUUCGUUUUCAAUUUCUUAUAGUUUUUGAAUAAUUUGCCUUUAUCUUCUGGCUCUUUCCAACUUUCAAAGGGGGGUCACUGACCCCAGCAGCAAAAACUAUUGCUCUGGAAGACUACAAUUUUACUGUAACUACUACUUGUUAUUAUUUAUCUUUCUAUUCAGUCCCUCUUCUAUUCAUAUUCCAGUUUCUCAUUCAAACCACUGCCAGGUCUCUAAGGUAAUUUGAACCCUAGCAACCAGAUAACCAGAUUCCAAACUGGAGAGUGGCAGAACAAGAAGCAAAAUAAGUCAAAAACCACAAAAAAAUAAUAAACUGAAGACCAACUGAAAACUGCCUUCGAAUAUCAAGUUCUACAUCGUACUAAAAGGUAACCACAGGCAACUUAUCUCCCCACGUGAUAUUGCCCUUAGUAGUAAAUUUCUGUAUUUUUCUGUCUUUUGUAUGAUUUCCUGUUAUGACUUGUGUUGCUUUUUACCUGAUUGAAUUGCAUUAUACAAAUAAAUGAGCCUACAAACAUUACAAUUA